AUGUUCUAUGGUCGAAUAGCGGAGACUCAAGACUCUAUUGAACCGCCUGACUGUGAGUACGAGAGUCUGUUGGAGUUGUUCCGUUUCUUGUACACCGACCAAGUGAAUUUAAGCGGAAGUAAUGUCAUGCAAGUGCUGUACUUAGCGAACAAAUAUCUGGUGCCCUCGCUUGUCAAGAAAUGCAAAGAAUAUCUUCGAAGCAACCUGAUAGCAUCGAACGUGUUUUGUGUUCUGCCGCACGCACAGAAGUUUGAGGAUAAAGACUUAGAAGAUCGAUGCUGGAAUGUAAUUGAGGAGAAGACCGAAGAAGCGAUGACGUCAGAUAAAUUUGUUACAGUUGAGCGAUCAGUAGUCGAGUCUGUUGUGAAGAGAGAAUUGUUAAAUGUGACGGAAGUGGAACUGUUCAAAGCUGUUAAUCGCUGGGCCACAAAAGAAUGUGAAAGGCAAGGUGUGGCUUCCGAUGGAGAGACAAAGAGACGAAUUCUUGGAGAAGAAAUUGUGAAAGGAAUACGCUUUCCGUUGAUACCACAGAAGGAUUUUGCAUCUGUUGUUUAUGAUUCGCGAAUCUUAAAUUACGAAGAGCUUGGAAAUAUGAUAAAAUACUACAACGGUAUUUCAACUACUCCUUUGCCGUUCUUACAAGCCAGUAGAAUGGAUUCCACUAUGCACCGAUGCUACAGGUUUCAAACGUUUAAUUCCCCAGGGAACGCUGGUGGUACAGUGGAAAUACUGACUGUAUCAUUCUCACCGCCAAGAAGCCUGUUAAACUUUACGGAGUUCAGCAUUUUGGCUCCGAGAGCGGCGAGUAUACGGUUACAACAGACAUUGUUGAUCCCGUGGACAACACUUCGCUUGUGAGUCGAACGGGAAAUUAUACUUCAGAAAAAAGCGAUACCCAUGCUUAUUACCGCUUUGAUGUG